AUGACAAUUGUAUUCAACAUCGGCGGCAUUAUGGAAUACCCCUCCGUUUCGAUUUUGUACUGGGCCUUUGUGGCCCUUGGCGGUCUUCUGGUCCUCACCAAGGCCCUCCGAUAUGGAAGUCGGCCUAAAAAUUAUCCCCCGGGGCCUCCUACACUGCCCAUACUUGGAAAUUUGCACCAGAUGCCAACUAAGAAUUUCCAUCUGGAAUUCCAAAAAUUGGCCCAAGAAUAUGGCCCCAUUACUACGAUGAAGCUCGGUGGACAAAGUCUGUUUCUGCUCAAUGACCCAGAUGUUAUCCGGGAUUUGCUCGAGAAGCGAAGCAACAAUUAUUCCUGUCGUCCAGAUCUUUACGCCCGACAUUUUGGUGAUAAUCUCAAUAUUGCCCUGCGAGACAAUGACGAGAUUUGGCGCCGACAGAGAAAAAUGUAUCACGUCCGUCUCAACGUGAAAUCCGCUGACAGAUAUCUUCCAUACCAACACUUUGACAGCCUGCAACUUCUCAAUGACUUUGCCAUCAACCCUGGUGGCUGGGUUCAACACGUGCAAAGAUAUACGGCAAGCAUCUCAACGACACUGUUGUACGGUUGGCGUACACCACAAACGAGUACUGGCUACGUGAAAGAUCUGCUCGAGUGGAUGGACGUUACCUCAGAGGCAAUCAACUUCCAGCUUGUUGACUUCUACCCAUUUCUGCGCGACAUUUACCAUGCUGUUCCCUAUUGGCUGCUUCCAAGUAAAAGAAAGCUGCACAAUCUACAAAAGCUCGAGAAUCGUGUCUUCAUCGAUCUCCUCAACCGCGCCAAAGAUAAAUUGUCAACAGGAGAUGCUUAUCCUAGCUUCAUCCGCGACAUGCUAUCUGAUAAAGAUAGCGAUAGACUUAAUGAUCGCCAAAUCGCCAAUAAUGCUGCCCAUGGCUUCGGAGCCGCGAUGGAUACCUCUGCCAAUACGAUCCUGGGCUUCAUUAAGGCCAUGGUUCUUUUCCCAGACGUCCAGGCCAAGGCGCAAAAGGAGCUUGACGCCGUCAUUGGAAGCGGACGACUGCCGACUUGGGAUGACCGGGCUGAACUUCCCUAUAUCCGGGCACCGAGUCCACUCAGCGCCGCAGUUCCGCACUCAGCCAAGGAAGACGAUGUAUAUAACGGAAUGGUCAUUCCCAAGGGUUCAAUGAUCAUGAUAAACGUCUGGACGCUGAACCACCAACGCUUCGCCAAUGCUCGAGACUUUGACCCAAUGCGCCACAGUGCAGAAUCAACCCUCACGGAAAACAAUGCGAUUACCCAAGACUCCCCCAAGCGACUUCAUUUCACCUUUGGGGCUGGACGGCGAGUUUGCCCCGGUUUUCAUGUUGCGGAGCGGAACCUGUUCAUUGCCAUUUCCCGGAUUUUGUGGGGGUUCAACAUUUCCCGAGCCCGCGAUGCUGAUGGGGAGUUCACCAUUAUUAAUCGAGACGCAGUCACUCCAGGAAUGAUCGUCAGACCAGAAGACUUCGAAUGCACUAUCAAGCCGCGUGACUACAUCCGAGAGAAGCUAGUUAAGGAGCAGUGGCAGGCGGCAGAGAAGGAUCUUGACUCGGAAGGAAACUUCACACCGGAAUUUAUCCAAGCGUCUUUCAAAUAA